AUGGAGCUCUGCGAGGCGCUGUCGUUCUGCGCGGAGGACACCGGCGGGUACUUCCCCACGGAGGCAGCCGCGCGGGCGCUGGUGCGGCGGGCCGGCGGCGGCGGCGGCGAUGGCACGGGGGCUACCCCGAACUGCUUGCAAGCUUUUGAGAAGAUAUCACGGCGGCAGCCUACCCAGUGCUUGCAGGCGGGCAUGAUCAACGCUGUGCUGGCAUACGUUGACUUCUUCGCUGCAAGCAUUAAGAGGGUUGCAGUGUCAGCUGUCGCAAAUGCCUGCAAGAAGGUCCCGGCAGAUUGCUCCCAGUUUGUUCUGGAUUCGGUCCCAACUCUCUGUAAUCUUCUGCAAUCUGAGGACAAAAUGAUAGUGGAGAAGGUUGCAGCUUGCUUGAUAAGCAUCGUGGACUCCUUUAGCACUUCAGUUGAUCUUGUGGACCAGCUCUGUCACCAGGGUGUUAUAGAGAAGGUCCUACCUUUGAUCCACACUGGUGGACUCACGGCCCUUAGCCCAUCGACAUGCAGUAAUCUGAUUGGGCUUUGCUAA